ACGUUGCUAAAAUGCGCUGUCGCGUCCUUUGACACGGUUUAACCGAAACGAAGAGACGGUUUUUAGCACAUUUUUCUCGCAUUUUUUAUUGCAACGUUAAAUAAUGAUUUACCAUUGCCGGGAAUUAAUUAAUGUAAAAAUCAAUCGUACUUAAAUGUAAUUAGUGACAAGUUCUCGUGAAUAAUAACUCAUUUAAAAUCCCAAGUGUUUAACAGCAUCAGACUUGAUAUUAUAUUUGCUUUAUUGAUAUUUUUGUGAGUGUGCCACACGGGGCCCUGGCGCGGUGUCUAUGCAUAUCUCCAGAGUUUGGACGGUAUUCUAAACCAUUAUCAAGAUAGACAAUUUUUUUAAUCUGUGUCGAUUUCAAAGCUGACACAAUGACUGAAAUUGUUUACCCUCAGGGGUGCAGGCCCGUCACCGAAGAUUUGGGUCCUGAUGAAUUAAUUCGACGACUAAAGACUUUAGCACACACAUUGCAAGCAAUGGGCCAAGAUGAGGGAAUGUAUCAACAAUAUAUUCCAUUGGCCCUUCAUUUAGCAGAGGAACAUUUUUUGAUGCAUCCAAGUAAAGAUGUUCAACUUUUAAUUGCCUGUUGCAUUGCUGAUGUUCUCAGAGUUUAUGCGCCUGAAGCUCCCUAUAAAGAUGCUGAUCAGGUGAAGACAAUUUUUCUGUUCCUUAUUAAGCAAUUGGCCGGCUUAAAGGAUCCCAAAGAUCCUGCGUUUAAACGUUAUUUUUAUCUUCUGGAAAAUUUGGCCUACGUCAAAUCAUUUAAUAUGUGCUUUGAACUUGAGGAUUGUCAGGAAAUAUUUUGCGCUCUAUUUUCCCUCAUGUUCAAAAUUGUCAAUGACGAACACUCGGGAAAAGUGAAAAGCUUUAUGCUUGAUGUUUUGUGUCCUUUAAUCACUGAGUCCGAUAUUGUUAGCAACGAAUUAUUGGAUAUUAUUUUAUUAAACAUUGUCGAGCCGAAUAAAACGCAAAGGAAAAAUGCUUAUCUUCUCGCUAAGGAACUUGUUGUUAAAUGUAGCGACACUUUGGAACCCUAUAUUCAAGCGUUUUUCAAUCAUGUUCUAAUAUUGGGUAAAGAGGAGAAAAAUUUACAAAUUGCAAAGAAAGUUUAUGAUUUAAUUUAUGAAUUAAAUCACAUUUGUCCAAGUGUAUUGCUCUCGGUAUUACCACAAUUGGAAUGUAAAUUAAAAUCAGCAUCGGAAAAUGAAAGAUUAGGAGCUGUUGCAUUAUUGGCACGAAUGUUUUCUGAAAAAGGUUCACAACUUGCAAUUCAACAUUCACAAUUGUGGCGUGCAUUUCUUGGACGUUUCAAUGAUAUUACAGUGUCAAUACGUAUUAAAUGCGUACAAUAUUCAAUGCAUUUUUUAUUAAAUCAUCCCGAAUUGAGAAAGGAUAUUACAAAUACAUUGAAAUUAAGACAACAUGACGCUGAUGAAAAUGUACGCUAUGAAGUUGUUAUGGCAAUUGUCACCACUGCAAAAAGAGAUUUUGAAGUUGUUUCCGAUAGUGAGGAUCUACUUGAAUUUGUUAAGGAGCGAACACUUGAUAAAAAGUUUAAAAUAAGAAAAGAGGCAAUGUCGGGUCUUGCGAAUAUUUAUAAGAAACAUUUGGAUGACGCUGAUGUGCCACAAGCGACAAAAAAAGCGGUAACAUGGAUAAAGGAUAAAAUUUUACACGGUUAUUAUAUGCCAGGAAUGGAGGAUCGUUUAUUAGUUGAAAGGUUACUGAACAUUUGCUUAGUGCCUUAUACACUUCCACCUGAGGAAAGAAUGAAAAAACUUUAUCAUUUACUUGGAACAAUUGAUGAUCAUGCAUCAAAGGCAUUUGUUGAACUUCAAAAACAUCAACUCGCUGUAAGAAGAUCGGUGGUCGAAUGGAUUGAGAUAAUAAAAAAACCCGAUGCCUCAACUGAAUUGACAAAUAAAAUAUUACAAAUUUCACGAUUUUUACCCGAUCCAAUGAAAGUGCAAGAAUUUUUACAAAAAUUUAGCGCUCAUAUGAAAAAAGAUGCGCAACUAUUGCAAGGACUUGAGACAAUUGUUCAGCCAAAUGUAUCGUGUAAAGAAUGCGCUGAAACAACAAGUGCAGUUUUAAAAAAAUUGGGACAACCAGUUAUGACAAAUUUGUAUUAUAAUACAAUUAAAAUGCUUCUUGAGAGAGUUAGUUCAGUGAUGAUUGACGAGGAGGCAAUUAGGGUUUUAAUUCAAUACGUCCUGGAUUGUUUAAAAGGAGGAAAUGUUAUUGAGGACAUUGGACUUAAUCCAAAUAAUGCUGGGGAAAAAGGCCUCAGGUUGUUAGUGAUGUUGUCAUUUGCAUUUGGACCGCAUUUUAUGCACAAUGAUAUUUUAAUGCAACUCGUACAAUUUUUGGAUCUUGAAGAUGAAAUGGUUGCGCCACUUGUACUUUCGAUAUUUACAUUCCUUGGGAAAUAUCGUCCAUUGUGCGAUGUUGCGCCCGAAAUAAUGAAUUUAAUGGCGCCAAUAUGUAAGAAUUUCUCUGAAACUGGAACGCCAAAACAAGCAAAACAAGCGAUACGUUGUUUAUUUGUGAAUAUGCCAAAUAUUCAUGAUACAAUAUUCCCGGAAAUAAUUGAGAGAAUUAAAAAUACAUUAACGCCAACAUCUGAAUAUUAUCGUACAUCAAUUGUUACACUUGGUCAUAUUGCUUAUAAUUUACCUGAAAAAUAUCAGGCGCAAAUUAAAAGUUUAGUCUCAAGAAAAAUUGUGAAGGAAUUAUUGGUAAAGGAUGUAAAUGAACCGACAACAGAUUCGAUAGACGGUGAUUGGUGUCGGGAGGAUCAAUUACCAGAGGAGACACGUUGCCGUUUAGAGGGUUUAAAAUGUAUGGCACGUUGGCUAUUGGGAUUGAAAACUGAUGUUUUAUCAGCGCAAAAAACAUUUCGUAUGCUGAAUGCAUUUAUUGUUAAUAAAGGCGAUCUUUUACAACAGGGAAGAUUAAGUAAAGCGGAAAUGAGUUGGUUACGUCUUCAGGCGGGUUGUUCAAUGUUGAAAAUUUGCGAACAAAAAGGAGUUGGCGAUCAAUUUACCGCUGAACAAUUUUACAAUCUCUCUCAAUUAAUGGUGGACGACGUUCCUCAAGUUAGAGAGGCUUUUGGAAAUAAAUUGCAUAAAGGUCUUGGAAGGGGAAUUCCGAAUAAAUGUUUGCCACUCGAUUUUAUGGGAUAUUAUGCUCUUGCCGGUAAGGAACAAGACAAAAGAUUAAAGUGCGUUUUAAAGUCUUAUAUGCACACGGACAUUACAAAACGAAGAGAUUAUGUUAAAACCCUUUCGCUUGGAACUGUCGAACGCGCAAUGGGUCAACUGCCACAUAUUUUGCCAGAUUAUAUGUUAGUCUUCGCAGUUCCGGUUCUUGCUCACGAUCCAGAAUUUACGAAUCACACUGAUAUUUCACAAUUAAAAACAAUUCAGUCGUGUCUUUGGUUUAUUCUUGAGCCGCUAAUAACACGCAAUGAAUAUUAUUGUUAUGGAUUUUAUAAAAAUCUCGUCGAAAGAAUGAAAAGUCACAAAGAUGCAAUGAGGCCAGACGACGAUAUUGUCAACAUUAAAUUGUGGGCGGUUUGUGAUUUAGCGAUGAAUGUAAUAUUUUCAAAAACGACGAAUUUUGAUUUAAAAGAAUUUCCAAGUGAAUUGAGAAUUCCGACAAUGUACUUUAAACGCGCCGAUGAAUUAUUGGCGAAUUCAAAAAAUUAUUUGCCAACUGAAAUGCAAAUUAAUAUGUCAAGUCCAAAGGGGAAAUUAAAUACACACACGUUUAAUGAACGGCCACAACGCAGAAAGAAGGGACAAAAGGAGGUUGGCAUUGGACCAAAUGAAACUGACGCAAGGCCGGCUGAAGCCUCAGAAACUAGAAUUCAACUGCCAGGUUUAGAGGAAGAGAUUGAAGAACCACCUUCGAAAAGGGCAUUAAGGGACACGGACAAGAUAAACAAAUAAUAAUAAUAAUAAUAAUAAUAAUAAUCGAUUGACUGCAUCUUAAGUGGAAAGCGAAAAAAAAAAAAGAUGAAAUACGACGAAAGCUAAAGGAAACGUCGUUAAUCAUCAAAAGCAGAAAAAAAAUUAAAAACAAAAAUACACAUACAAAAAAAAA